GCCCUCUUCUUCUUCGUCUCCUUCGUCUUCUCCAUGCCCAGCCCACUACUCGCAGAGGUCGCAUAGUCCCCCCUACCCCUCCCCACGAACACAACCUUACCAAACGCCUAUGCACCAUUGAGAAGGAGGAAGAACCGAACCCUAGAAACUAGAGGGAAAGGUAGAGACAGAGAGAAGACGUAGAUACGCUUUCAUGGCUGGCAUUUGCGGGGGCGUUUUGCGUUCUAGGGUAAAUUCGUGCUGAUUUCAUUUGCGAAUAGGGCUCGUGUUGAAAACCCUAGGAGAGAGAAAGUGUUCCUAAUUUCAAGUCUCCCGCCCCAAUUCAGUUUGUGGAAUGUUGAAUAGAUGGGAGGGGAAAGAUUGUAGGUAUAAUGGUAGGUAUGCAUGGAUGUAGCUCAGAGUCUGGCCUCCUCGUAAAUGCUGAGGUUGAUUCUAUGGGUGGAGUUGUUGAUGGCGGGGUUGGUAUUGGUAUGAAGACCUCUCCACGCCGAGCAGCAAUUGAGAAAGCUCAAGCAGCACUUAGGCAGGAGUAUGAUGUUCGUGAGGAAAGGAGAAGGGAGCUAGAAUUUCUUGAGAAGGGUGGCAAUCCAUUGGACUUUAGGUUUGGGAAUGCAGCUUCAGUUAGUGUCCAGUCUACUUCACUCACUGAUCAGCAUCCAGAAGUAAUUGUGACCAGUGAAGCGAGAGGUAGUUUUGCAUUGGCUGCCUCACCUCAUGGAGAUUCUGUUGAGAGUAGUGGUAGACCGGGGGUUCCUGCAGUUUGUGAACCCAAUAGUGCUGAUAAUCUAUUACUUUUUGAUGGUGACAAUGAGUUACUUGAAGGUGAGAGGAGUUCUAUACAGCCUGGUAGAAGAAAUAAAAUUCCUCCAUCUGAGCAAUCUUCGCAGAUGGAUGGGAGUCAAAAUGCCAAGGAAUCUGAAGAUUCAGCUUUUCUCCGCCCAUAUGCUCGAAGGUAUAGGUCCAGAUCAAGCCGUGAUGGCUCUCAUGGAAGGGAUGGAAAGGAGAUGAUGUCUGAAACAAACAAUGUAAAGGACCAGAAUUUAUCUUUUGCUUCCAAUUUAAAGGCUGCUAGUUCAAAUGGUGAUAUUGUUUCAAAAAUUAUAUCCCCUGACAAUCAAUUGGAUAUGGAUGUGGACGGUUUGCGAACGCUAGAGACUAUUGGCAGUAGCCUGCCUGAAGGUAGGUUGGAUGCCAAGGCUCCCAAAAGCUUGAGGGAUAAUCAACAUGAUCAACCUUCUCAAGUUAAUGCCCAGCAAACUGCUGUUGAUUUGGCUUCAGGGGGACCUGAUUUUGUUCAAGAAAGGCAUCGGGUAGUUUCAGCUAGUGUUGAAGAUCCACCUGUUGCAACUACAGCAAAAGCAGAGAAUGAAACUAGAUCUGGUCAGCUGAAUGGGUUUGACAGCACUCAAUUGGAUAGAGAAAGCAAACUUAAUGAAGGUCAAAAUAGUAAUGCAGCAUUUGGCACGAAGGGUUUAGAUUCAGAGUGCUCUGGUACCCAAACUAGCCUAGGCGUAGAUGUAAAUAAUGAUAAUGACAUGUGUACUACCACAAAGAAUGCUGUAUCUAAUGGGAAAACUAAGGAGCAAACUUCAGAUUUUGAAGAGACAAUGGAUUUAGUAGGUGGUGAGGUGGUUAAAGAAAAGGAUAAGUCCAAUGGUGUUGACGAAAGGAAUGAGACCAAGCUGGUUGAUGGUGGUCUUAUUGUCAAUGCUCAUUGUGAUUCUGUUUCUCAAAACCACUCUAGCGAUGGUACUACAGUCAAAGUUGAGGAAGAUAUGCAAACAAGUAGAUCUGAAUUACAGAAAGAGGUGAAAUAUUCUUCUAACAUUGAGGGGAUGCGACAAAAUAAACAUACUGAAUCGGAUAUUGAGGGGAAAGCGGAUGAGGUGUUGGUUGAUAAUUCCAACCCUAGCAAGGAAACCAUUUGUGCUGGUAGACAUGAAGAACCCAUGGAUAUCUCGAAUGGUGAGCUUCUAGGGGCUGCUUUGUCAGGGAGAGACACUUCCGGUGCCACUGACCUUCAAAGUUGUUCUGGUAACUCCUCAAAAUUGACAGACAAGGCGCAUGAAGAUUCUAUUUUGGAAGAGGCACGAAUUAUAGAGGCGAAGCGUAAGAGAAUAGCAGAGUUGUCCGUCCGUACUUUAUUUUCGGAGAAUCGGCGAAAAUCUCAAUGGGAUUUUGUUCUUGAGGAAAUGGCUUGGUUGGCAAAUGAUUUUGCACAGGAGCGUCUUUGGAAGGUAGAUGCUGCUGCUCAAAUAUGUCGGCGGGUUGCUAUUACUUCUCAGCUGAGAUUCAAGAAAAAAAAUCAAUUUUGGGAGCUAAAAAGAGUAGCUCACACCUUGGCAAAGGCUGUCAUGCAGUUUUGGUGUUCAGCAGAGGUUAUUUCAAAUAGUGAUAAUCCAGGUGUUGGUCAAAAGAACUGCAAGUACAGUUCGUUUGGAUCAAGGAAGGUGGAUGGAGAUGAAGUUUCUAAGGACAAGAUUGAAGGAUCUGAUACGAAGACAAGCAAAGAAAUGGGGACACAAUAUCCCAGACAAAAUACUCCAAUUGCUGUAAUGGGAUAUGCAACUAGAUUUUUGAAAUAUAACAGCUCUCUCGGUUCUUCUCUUCAAGUGCUGGCACCAACAACUCCUGACAGGAUAUCUGAUAUGGGAAUUGUGGAGAUUUCAUGGGAAGAUCAUCUUACUGAUGAGUGCCUCUUCUAUUCUAUUCCAUUUGGUGCAUUGGAGACCUACAGAAAAUCUAUUGAAUCUCAUCUGCUACAGUCUGAGAGAACUGUGAGCUCCAUGCAAGAAGAAGUUGAGACAUCAGCUUAUGAUGCCACAGCAGGGUAUGGAUAUGAAGAGAGUGCAUAUGAUGAGGAUGAAGGAGAAACAGGCAUGUUUUCUUUGCCUGGAGCCUUUGAAGGUAGCAACUCUUCAAAAUUUUCCCAGAAGAAACGCAAGAAAUUUGAGUCAUACACUUCGAGGUCAUAUGAAGUGGGAGCUGAUUUACCAUUUGGACAAUGCUCAACUGGAAAUCAACAAUCGAUGUUGAUCGGAAAAAGGCCUGCCAGUCUUCAUCUUGGUUCAAUUCCUACCAAACGAAUGCGCACUGCUACUAGGCAAAGGGUUGUGAGUCCUUUCAGUGCUAGAGCAACUGGGACUGUACAGGCUCAAGUUAAGACGGAUGCUUCAAGUGGAGAUACUAACUCUUGUCAAGAUGACCAGAGUACUUUGCAUGGUGGAUACCAGAUCCAGAAAAGUGCUGAGGUUGAGUCAGUUGGGGACUUCGAAAAGCAUUUGCCAUAUGACUUUGCAGAAACAUCAUCAAUGAGGCCUAAAAAGAAGAAGAAGGCAAAGCAUCUGGCUUCCACGUAUGACCUGGGAUGGCAGCUGGAUUCUGCUACUCUUAAUGAACAGAGGGACCAUUCCAAGAAGAGAUCGGACAAUCACCAAUUUGAAUCUAAUGGAACAAAUGGUUUGUAUGGGCAACCUAAUUCUAAGAGGCCGAAGUUUUUCAAGCAAGCACUUGAUAAUACUUUUGACAACAUUACUCCUAUGAGCGGGUCCAUUCCUUCCCCUGCAGCAUCCCAAAUGAGUAAUAUGUCCAGCCCAAAUAAAUUCAUUAAAUUGAUAGGUGGUCGGGAUAGGGGCCGGAAAGUUAAAGCUCUGAAGAUAUCCACCGGGUUGUCUGGUUCUGGAAGUCCCUGGUCGCUGUUUGAAGAUCAGGCACUUGUUGUUCUUGUACAUGAUAUGGGUCCUAACUGGGAGCUUGUAAGUGAUGUUAUCAACGGUACUCUGCAGUUUAAGUGUAUCUUUCGUAAGCCUAAAGAGUGCAAGGAGCGUCACAAACUUUUAAUGGACAGGAGUGCUGGGGAUGGGGCCGAUAGUGCUGAAGAUUCAGGGUCUUCACAGUCUUAUCCAUCUACAUUACCAGGCAUUCCAAAGGGCAGUGCCAGGCAGUUGUUUCAACGCUUGCAGGGGCCAAUGGAAGAGGAUACCAUCAAGGCUCACUUUGAGAAAAUCAUUAUGAUUGGGCAGAAGCAGCACUAUCGAAGGAAUCAGAGUGAUAACCAGGAUAGAAAACAAGUUGUACCUGUUCACAAUUCUCAUGCUCUGGCUCUUAACCAAGUUUGCCCAAAUAACCUGAAUGGAGGAGGGGUUCUAACGCCCACCGAUCUCUGUGAUGCAAUGACAUCAAGCCAAGAUGGUAUUUCCAUUGGUUAUCAAGGUUCUCAUACGUCUGGUUUAGCAAUAUCAAGUCAGGGUACUGUUGCAUCGAUACUUCCUACUUCUGGGGCAAAUUCUGCACUGCAAGGGUCUUCCAGUGUGGUUCUUGGCAGUAACUUGUCAUGUCCAUCUGUUACACUGAAUGCCUCUGUCAGGGAUGGCAGAUACAAUGUUCCAAGAACAUCAUCUUUACCAGUUGAUGAGCAGCCAAGAAUGCAGCAAUACAAUCAAAUGUUAUCUGGUAGAAAUAUUCAGCAGUCUAGCAUGUCCCUUCCAGCUGGUCUUCCGAGAACUGAUCGUGGUGUCCGUAUGCUACCUGGUGGAAAUGGUAUGGGAAUGAUAUGUGGGAUGAAUAGAAACAUGCCAAUAUCAAGGCCAGGGUUUCAGGGAAUGGCCUCAUCAUCUAUGUUGAAUUCUGGGACAAUGCUUUCUUCCAGUAUGGCGGGGAUGCCAAGCCCUGUAACUAUGCACUCUGGAGCUGGUUCUGGUCAAGUAAACUCUAUGUUAAGACCCCGUGAGACUUUGCAUAUGAUGCGGCCUGGCCAUAACCCGGAGCAUCAAAGGCCAAUGGUGGUUCCUGAGCUUCAGAUGCAGGCCACACAAGGGAACAGCCAAAUUAUCCCUCAUUUCAAUGGAUUGACUUCUGCCUACUCUAAUCAGAACACUUCACCUGUUCAGCCAUAUGCUGGCCAUUCUCAGCAUCAUCAGAUGUCUCCACAACGGUCUCAUGCUCUUAGUAGCCCUCAUCACCCUCAUAUUCAAGGCCCCAAUCAUGCUACAGGUUCCCACCACCAAGCCUAUGCAAUCAGCCUUGCUAAACAUCAGCGGUAUUUGCAGCAGCAGCAACAACAACAGUUUGCUGCAUCUAAUACUUUGAUGCCGCAUGUCCAGCCACAGCCACAGCCACAACUUCCCAUAUCGUCUUCUGUUCAAAAUAGUUCUCAGAUUCAAUCAACAUCAACUCAACCAGUAUCUGUGUCAUCUGUGACGCCGACUUCCCCGAUGACUGCUUUAUCAUCUCAGCAUCAGCAGAAACAUCACCUACCACAACAUGGGCUCAGCCGGAAUCCUGGUGCUGGUGGGUUGACCAAUCAGGUGGGGAAGCAACGGCAACGACAGUCGCAGCAGCUACAGUUUCAACAAUCUGGCAGGCACCACCCUCAACAACGGCAACAACCAGUGUCUCAACAGCAGGCUAAACUUGUAAAGGGAAUGGGAAGGGGGAAUGUGCUGGUCCAUCAGAACCUCUCCAUCGAUCACUCUCAUCUUAAUGGCCUUUCUAUACCUCCAGGAAGCCAAACUCCUGAGAAAGGAGAGCCGAUUAUGCAUGUAAUGCAAGGUCAAGGCUUAUAUUCUGGCUCUGGCUUGAACCCAGCCCAACAAUCUAAGCCACUGGUUCAUUCUCAAUCUUCAAACCCUUCCCAGGCACAACAAAAGCUACUUGGCCCAGCACCCCCUUCAUCACAGCAAUUGCAGCAGAUGCCUCCUCACUCUGAUAACAGCAGUCAAGGCCAGACUCCACCAGCUCCUUCAGGUCAUACAGUAUCAACUUCUCAUAAUACAGUUCCAUCUGCUGUUGUUGCUUCAAAUCACCAGCAGCUGCAGCUACAACCUCAGCCGCAGCCACAGCCUCACCAAAAGCAGGUUAAUCAAACUCAAUCAAGUGUUCAGAGACAUUUCCAACAGAAUCGUGUGAAUUCUGAGUUUCAGAACAAGUCUCAAACUGAACUAGCUCAAGCUGACCAACAGGCUGUGAAUAGUGCUUCUCCAGUGAUUUCUGGCACUGGAGUGCCUCAGAUCUGUAAUGAUUCAACUGAUGUGGUUCCUGUUGUUUCUUCUUCCGUUGCUCCUCAGUGGAAUGCUUCAGAACCAGUAUAUGAUUCUAAUAAUUUGGUGACUCAAGUGAGUUCUGUGGGGAGCACUCCUGUUUCAAAUUCAUCUGGGAGUGAGCCAUUACCACCUAUUAGUCAAGGGUUAGGCCCAAGGCAGUUAUCUGGUAGCUUUCCCUCGCACGGACAUAAUGUUGGAUCGAAGUGGCAGGCUCAGCCACCACUGCAACAGUCUCCAACACCCCUACAUCCACCCCAACAACAGUAUCAGCUGCAAGAACAGCAGCCACAAGAACAACAAUCACCUCGGCAUCUCCAGCCACAAACACAACUCCUCCAAGCAGGGCAAGGCAGUUUGUAUAUGAGGCCCACUAGUUCUAAACUGGAAUGAAGCCAUCUAGUGGAUUGAGCAUUUCGAGACCGGUCGGCCUGCCAGCAUUGAGUGUGCAUGCCCUUUUAACAGCAAUGCACAGAUGAAGCUGGUUAUUCCAUAAUACGCAUUGCAGGAGAGAAGGAGAUGCUGAUCAUUAUUUGCAGGUCCUGUCAAAAUGUUAAUUGAAGCAAUUUGACAAGGCGUUAUGAUGUUUUUUAUUUUAUAUUUUGGGAAAAUCUUGUAUAUUACCACUGGUUUAGAAUUUUGGCAAGAUAGAGAUGGAUAUAGAGGUAUGUGUACAGGGCAUCUCUCCUCUUUCUCCUAACUUUUUUUUUCUUCUUUUUUCUCUCCUCAGAUCCCUGCUCAUGUGGAGGGAUCCUAUUCCUUUUUGCCCCAAUAGAUUAGUGCAUGUAUCAUUACCCUUUCAAAUUAAUGGGGUAGCAAUUAUUUUCAUGGCCAAAAGCCGUUUGGAGAACUUGUGAAUAUAAGAUUUAUGCUGUAUACGCUAGUCAGUGUUUUUUUUAAGAACAA